AUGGCACACGGUUCCGACUCCGUGCUGAGGGACGCGGCCUGCCCCACCCACUCCCGCAGCUCAGGCAGCGACGCCAGUGCAGCCACCCGCUACCUGCUGAGGAAGCAGAACCGGCUGGUGAACGGGCACCCGCGGGGCAUCCGCACCUUGUCGCCCAUGGGACGGGUCAUUCUCAUCAACUCGCCCAUCGAAGCCACCGGCGACGAGAGCGACGUGAUCAACGCCAUCACAGUGGAGAAGAGCACGGACGGGAAGCUGGGCUUCAGCGUGCGGGGCGGCUCGGAGCACGGGCUGGGCAUCUUCGUCAGCAAAGUGGAGGAGGGCAGCAGCGCCGACCUGGCUGGCCUGUGCAUCGGGGACAAAAUCACGGAGGUGAACAGCGUGAGCUUGGAGAGCAUCACCAUGGGGAGUGCCGUCAAGGUCUUGACUGGGAACAACCGGCUGCGGAUGAUGGUGAGACGCAUGGGAAAGGUGCCAGGGAUUAAAUUCUCCCGAGAAAAGACCACGUGGGUGGAUGUCGUGAACAGACGCCUGAUCGUGGAGAAGAGCGGCUCGACCCCGUCGGACAGCAGCUCCGAGGGCGGCGUGAGGCGCAUGGUCCAUCUCUACACCACCUCCGACGACUACUGUCUGGGCUUCAACAUCCGCGGGGGCAAGGAGUUCGGCCUCGGCAUCUAUGUCUCCAAUGUCGACCCCGGCGGGCUGGCGGAGCAGAACGGGAUCAGAGUGGGAGAUCAAGUCCUUGCAGCCAACGGAGUCAAGUUCGACGCCAUCAGCCAUAGCAAGGCAGUGGAAGUGCUAAAGGGGCAGACGCACAUCAUGCUGACCAUCCGGGAGACGGGCCGCUUCCCCGCCUACAAGGAGAUGGUGGCCGAGUACUGCUGGCUCAGUCGGUUGACCAAUGGCCAACUGCAGCAGCUCUCGCAGGCCUCGGAGACCAGCUCCUCCGUCUCCUCCUACUCCUCGGGGACCCCCCACAGCUCCCUGGACGGGCGGCCCCAGGCCCUGCUCUCCAGCCCCGCCCCAGCCCACAUGGUGGACGUCUCCAUCUCCACGGAGGACCCUCCGGCACGCAGCCGCUCCCUGGAGCGAGUGGAGACGGCCAUGCAGACGGACCUACCCCCCGAGACCCGGCGCACCAUGCACCCGCCAGAGAUCCUGAAGGACACGGCCAUCCGGGCCGAGAGCCUCCGGGACCCGCUCCCCAGCAAGAAGCACAGGCCCUUCUGCGGCUCGCCCCGGACGGCCCUGCUCCUGGCACUGAGCCGGCCCCGGCAGCCCCUCAAGAGAUCCCAGAGCUACCUCACCGUGGGCGAGGAGAAGAGGCAGGAGCCACCAGCGCCCGCCGAGGACAAGGCCGGACUGCGGCGCUCCAAGACCCUCGUCAACCUCUUCUUCCGAGGCAGCCGGGCGAAGCAGAGCUGGGCGCCAGGCAGCGAGGGGGCUGGGCCGCCAGGGCGCAGGAGACGGGCCAGGUCCCCGGCCAGCCCGGAGCGGGAGAAAGACAAAGGCUGUCCCGUCAGCAUCCUGGGCUCCCCGGGGCACGCCGGCCGCGAGCCCAGCCCAGCCGCUGAGAGCUGCCUCCCGCUCCUCCGGGACAUGGCCGGGAAGCUGCUGACGGAGGACGAGGUGACGGCCGUGCUCCGCCACUGUACCCGGUAUGUCCAUGAAGGUGGGGUGGAGGACUUGGUGAGGCCGCUCCUGGCCAUCCUGGACCGGCCUGAGAAACUCCUGCUUCUGAGGGAUGUCAGGAGCCUGGUCACCUCCACCGACCUGGGCCGCUUCGACAGCAUGGUCGUGCCACUGGAGCUGGAGGCGUACGACACCCUGAAGAGCAGAGCAGGGAAAUCGCCCGCGCUCCGCCCGGCGCAGCAGGAAAUGCCUCCCAGGAGACACCUCAUCACACCCGUGCCUGACCGCCGGGGAGGUUUCUUGCUGCAGCCGCUCCAGGCCCCGGAGCCGGGGGGCGCCGAGGAGGAGGUGGGGCUGGCGCCGAGGGCAGGGCCGGAGCGGCUGAAGGGCUCCCGCAGACAGACUCACCCGCGCGGCUACACGCCCCUGCCCGACGUGCCCGUGGACGCCUGCGCUGCCCCCCCCAGCCCCCCUGCAUCUCCAGCUGCCAGUGGGCCCAGCUGGCUGCUGGCGGAGCCUGCCCAGAGCCCGGGACUGGUGCCACGACCCAACCCCUCCGCAGAGGCGUUGGCACAGCCGGCAGGGCAGGGCGGCGAGCGGCUGCGUGCCCCCAGCUCCCCCGACGGGCAGGGGGAGGCCGAGCCAGGGGAGGACUGGCUCUACGCGGGGCUCAGCAAGCCCCGGCUGGCCCGGCCACGGCUCUGCCAGCUGUUCGCGGGCACCUCGGUGCCCAGCCAAGGGGCCCAGGGGGCAGAGGGGCUGGCCCACAACGGCCCGGCCGAGGAGGAGUGCGAGCUGAUGACUGUCCGCCUCUCCAAGCUCAGGCAGUCCUUGGGGAUCAGCAUCUCGGGCGGGAUCGAGUCCAAGGUGCAGCCGAUGGUGAGGAUCGAGAAGAUCUUUCCCGGAGGGGCGGCGUUCCUGAGCGGGGUCCUGCAGGCUGGGGCCGAGCUGGUGUCGGUGGACGGGGCGAGCCUGCAGAAGGUCACCCACCAGCGGGCGGUGGACCUCAUCCGCCAGGCCUACAGGACCAACCGACAGGCGCCCAUGGAGCUGGUGGUGAAGGUGCCCAAGGCGUGA